AUGAAGGCCACCCCGUUAAUCGUCAAUUGGCAUCACGACAAUAAUAACCCCUAUCCUAUCUACUCUGCCCACUUCGAACCCGGCGGCAAGGGUCGCUUGGCGACCGCUGCCGGCGACAACAAUGUUCGGCUCUGGAAGAUUGAAGAGAACGGCGAUGGCCGCAAGGUUGAGUACCUAGCGACCCUCUCGAAGCACACCCAGGCCGUAAACGUUGUUCGCUGGGCGCCGAAGGGCGAACUGCUCGCAUCUGCCGGUGAUGACGGCAAUGUGAUUUUGUGGGUACCCUCGGAGACGCAUCAUCCAACCUUCGGCAGCGAUGGCCUCGAUGAUAAAGAGACAUGGCGCACGAAGCACAUGUGCCGCUCGCUCGGCACCGAAAUCUACGAUCUUGCCUGGUCGCCCGACGCGCAGUUCUUCAUCAUCGGUAGUAUGGAUAACGUGGCGAGGAUCUACAAUGCGGGGACAGGCACUCUUGUGCGCCAGAUCGCCGAGCACAGCCAUUACGUUCAGGGUGUCGCAUGGGACCCAAUGAAUGAGUACAUUGCGACUCAGUCCUCGGACCGUUCGGUGCAUAUCUACUCCCUCAAGACGAAGGACGGCCAAUAUACCCUUUACAGCCAUGACGAUAAGCCGCCCAAGGUCGCGAGCCAUGUCAAAGCGGACCUUCCCCCUCGUAGGAUAUCCCAGAGUCCAGCCCCGGAUUCCGGUCACCGGGCGCUCGAUUCUGUUCCGGGCGUUGCUGUUGGGUCACCAGUUCCGUCUGCUCCGGGCACACCGCAGUCGAUGCCACUUCCUAUGAACCCACCAAGCAUGAUCAGCCAUAGUCGUCGGUCAUCCUUUUCAUCCAGGCGCUCAGCUUCGCCGGCGCCAUCUAUGCCGUUGCCUGCCGUGAUGCCUAUCGAGGCCUCUCCUAAGCCUCACCUUAAUACGUCGACCCUGGGCAUGAAGAAUGCUAACCUCUAUGCUAAUGAGACUCUCACCUCCUUCUUCCGGAGACUUACCUUCACCCCUGAUGGAAGCUUGCUGCUUACCCCCGCGGGGCAGUACCAGACUCAGCACCAGACUGCUGAGGGGAAGACAUCCUCCGAGAUCAUUAACACCGUGUAUAUCUACAGCCGUGGUGGCAUCAACAAGCCUCCUAUUGCUCACCUGCCUGGGUCUAAGAAGCCAUCUGUGGCGGUCAGGUGUUCUCCGGUCAUCUACACCUUGAGGCAGUCGCCGCCUAAGACUCAAUACAUCACCAUUGACACUUCGUCAGCUGAGGAGGGCGUUCCUUCGCUGCCGGAGCCCAUCUCUAAACCCGAGCCGACAUCGUCGAUGGAUCCUCCUCCUCCCCCGCCGCCGCCGCCGCCGCCAGCAGAUGGGUCAACUGCUGCGGAUAAGGGCCUCAGCGUGGACACCAACGCUCAGUCGGCCGGGCCGAAGUCUCAGUUCGGCCUGCCGUAUCGUAUGGUGUAUGCCGUGGCUACCCAAGACACGGUUUUCAUCUAUGAUACCCAGCAGAACACGCCGAUUGCCGUCGUCAGCAAUCUGCACUGUGCGACGUUCACUGAUUUGACUUGGUCCAGUGACGGUCUGACCCUCUUGAUCUCGUCCUCCGACGGCUUCUGCUCGACCGUAUCAUUUGCCCCCGGCGAGCUUGGCACUCAGUAUACAGGGGAGAUUGGCCCUCCCCGGGGCCCGCUGCUCGCCGGGUCCAACCACAAUACUCCCACCGCGACCCCAACCUCCCUCUUUGCUCCUCCCUCGCCGUUUCCGAACGGUUCGAUGCACAGGCACCGCGACUCCGGUUCCCUGACCGCCCCUUCUCCCCCCAUCACAGCCUUUGUCAACCCGCGCGCCGCGUCCCCAGCCCGUUCCAACUCGGGCUCUUCCCAGGCUCCCGUGCUCAGCAACCCGCCCCUCGUUGGCGGUCAGGUGCCCAGCAUCGCGGCCGCGAACUCGGGCAAGGUGAUUGGCGUGCCGGUGGCUACGCCACCUGAGACGCCCAAGACUUCGUUGACGACUACAGCGGUGGCGGCACCCCCUCCUACUUCGGCUCCGUCAUCGGGGACCAAGAGGGAGGGUGUUGAGGGUGCUGCGGGCGAGAAGGAUGGCGCGCAGCAGCAGUCCAAGAGGAGAAGGAUCGCGCCCACGCUGGUUAGUGGACUUGAUGGGCAGCCUGUCUCUGGGGAGAAGAAGGAGUAA